GGUUAUCGUCUGCUACUUCAGAAGCGCGCGAACUGCCGCUUUCUGCCAUCAAACUCUUUUUCUGAUUGAUUGCUGUUUCUAAUUUUCGCUAUGAUAAGUCACAGCACUGGAAGAACGGAAACCCAGGAGAAGAAGAGCGCAGCGUGGGCUUUCACUCUUGGACUCAUCUACCUCAUCAUAAGUGUGGAAUGUGAGGAUACUGGCAGUAAGAGAGCCUACAGCGACAGCUCAAUCGGUGCAUACUUCAGCGAAAGGACAUGCUGGUGGAAUGAAGUCUGCAAACGAGAGUUCCAAGUUCGAUUCCGGUGCAGGUGCCCUCGCUGGUCCUUCUGCAGGUCUCCGGGGAAGUACUACGAUGCUUACUGUUCCAUCACCAGAACCGGUUACAUCUGGUUGCAGCAAGAGGCGGACCACGACGACUGAUGAUGCUCCACUCGACAAUUUGUAUUCGAGAACGUAGCACGAAGAACUUAGCUUCAUGAAUUUUUCAUCUCCUAUGAUUAAAACCCUGCUCCAUCAGUUGAAUUAUUUUCCGAGAGAAAAGCAACAUUUGAGUUUUUAUGACGAUGUUACUUUAUUUAUUUACUAGCGGUACCCGCACGGCUUUGCCCGUAGUAGAAAAUUAAAAGGUCAUGUGGUUCGCCUGUAUAAU